AUGGCCUUCGCCAAGCUCCUCUCCAUCGUCGCUCUCGCCACCGCAGCCAGCGCUGCGGUCACCAAGCGCGUAACCUGUCCCGGCGGCGGUGUUACUGCCAACGCAGCGUGCUGUGUUCUCUUCCCCGUCCUCGAGGACAUCCAGGCGAACCUGUUCGACAACGAGUGCGGUGACAACGCGCACGAGGCUCUUCGUCUGACCUUCCACGACGCGAUCGGUAUCUCGAAGACCAACUCGUCCUUCGGUGACGGCGCCGACGGCUCCUUCGUCCUGUUUGGCGACAUAGAAACGCAGUUCCCCGCAAAUGGCGGCACGGACGAGAUCGUCGCGCUCGAGAAGCGCUUCAUCGCCAAGCACCCCGGCAUCUCGACCGCCGACUUCAUCCAGUUCGCCGGCGCCGUCGGUAUCACCAACUGCCCAGGUGCUCCCAAGCUCGAGUUCCUCCUCGGUCGCAAGGACGGUACGCGCCCGGCUCCCGACGGCACUGUUCCCCUGCCCUUCGAUGACAUUGGCAAGAUUCUUGCCCGCAUGGAGGACGGCGGAGGAUUCUCUCCUGCCGAGGUCGUCGCUCUCCUGAGUGCCCACACCGUUGGUGCCUCGGACAACGUCGACGGCUCCAUCCCGCGCACUCCCUUCGACUCGACUCCCAACCGCUUCGACACCCAGUUCUUCGUCGAGACCCAGCUCCGCGGCACGCUCUUCCCCGGUGACGGUCCCAACGAGGGUGAGGUCAUGUCCCCGCUUCGCGGCGAGAUCCGGCUGCAGUCCGACCACCUCUUCGCCCGUGACUCGCGCACGAACUGCUUCUGGCAGGCCAACGCCAACCAGCAGACGCACAUGACCAGCACCUUCGCUGCUGCCAUGGCCAAGCUCGUCGUUCUUGGCCAGAACGUCAACUCCCUCGUUGACUGCUCCGAUGUCAUCCCCACCCCGCCGCCCUUCACCGCUCAGGCGACCUUCCCCGCCGGUCUCUCCAACAAGGACAUCGAGCAGGCUUGCGCCACCGCUGCGUUCCCCACCCUCAAGACCGACCCCGGCCCGGCUACCUCGGUUGCUCCCGUCCCCGUUGGCUCCAUGUGA